AUGAUUGGAAAAAAAGAAAUAUAAAUUUCUAAUGCCACUAGAGAUAGAGUUGAAGCUUGUAGAUUAUACAUAGAACGUAUUCAUUCCUCAUUAUAUUUUCAAGGCAAAUACGCAAAAUAAAUAUAAGAAGAAAAAUAAUAAUCUGAAGGAUGGCAGUAAUUAUCUAAAUUAAUGGAUGCUUUGCAUAUGAAUCCAAAAGAGUAAGAAAUUAUUAAAAAAGAAAUUCUAAAAAAAGAAGCAGAAUAAAUGAGAAAAAAGUAUUCAAAUUUCAAAUUUAAUAGGCGGACUAAAUUGAGCAUUGAAGAUUUUCAACCUCUGGCCAUUAUAGGUAGAGGAGCUUUUGGUGAAGUUAGAUUGUGUAGACAUGUGACCUCUUAGUAAAUAGUUGCAGUAAAGAAAAUGAAAAAGCAUGAAAUGAUAUUUAAGAACUAAAUUGGUCAUGUGACUAAUGAAAGAAAAGUUUUAGAAGAAGCAAAAGGAAAUAAUUGGAUUGUUGAGAUGAAAUGUUCAUUUUAAGAUGAAAAAAAUUUAUAUUUAGUGAUGGAAUAUUUACCUGGAGGAGAUUUGAUGACAUUGCUCAUGAAAAAGGAUAUACUUUCAGAGGCAGAAGCUCGUUUUUAUAUGGCAGAAUUAGUUUAAGCAGUUGCAUCUGUUCAUAAAUUAGGAUUUAUACAUAGAGAUUUAAAACCAGACAAUAUUUUAUUAGAUAACAAUGGACACAUAAAACUAUCCGACUUUGGUUUAUGCAAAGAUGCCGAUCUUCAUUUUGAUAAACCAGUGUUCUCUUAAAAAUUUAAGUCUAAACAGACAAGAAGAGAAGUAAAAAAAUUAAAUAUAUUUUAGAAAGCAUUUUCAACAGUUGGGACUCCUGAUUACAUAGCUCCCGAAGUGUUUUUGUAAUAAGGGUAUGAUGGGUCAGUUGAUUGGUGGAGUGUUGGAGUCAUUUUAUAUGAAAUGCUUGUUGGAUAUCCUCCAUUUUAUACGGAUAAUCCUUCAACAACAUGCUAAAAUAUCAUUCGAUUUCAGUAAUGCUUUACAUUUCCAGAAGAACCAAAAGUGUCUUAAUUAGCCAAAGAUUUAAUUAGUAAGUUAGUUUGUGAUGCAAGUACUCGUUUAACAUAUGAUUAAAUUAUAAGACAUCCUUGGUUUGGUGGGGUGUCUAUUUUAAAAAUAAGAGACAUGAAGGCUCCUUACAUUCCAACUAUUCGAAGUGAAUUGGAUACUAGCAAUUUUGAUAAAUAUGAAGAGGAGGAGCCAUGGAUAAAUAAGGGAUAGAAGAGUGUCAAAAAAGAGAUGACUUUCGUUGGUUAUACUUAUAAACAAGAAGACUUUGAAGAAAAGAGACCAAUUUAUAAGGCCCUAGAAGAAUUAGAGUUAUCAAGACCAUCUAAUUCUAGAGGAAAUACAAAAACAACAAAUUCUCCUUUCUAAAGUCCCAAUUUAUAAUUUAAGAGCCAAUUAAAUAACAAAACUCCUUUAACCUAAUAGAUUAAAACAGUAAGUGCUACCUAAUCCCCCUUUACAAAAUAAUAAACUGUCUCUCCUAUGCCUUUAAGCAAAAACCAAAAUUUUCAAAAAUCUUUCUUAAAUAAUAGACUUCAAACAGAAUAAAAUGAAAGUUUCCACACUAACAAUUAAUAAUAGAAUCUAAUAACAUAAGGAAAUUUAGCAAAUUUCAACAAUGAAAACACAAAUCCCAAUUCAAAUGUUCAAAACAUUAAGAACUUUAUUUUCUCUAAGAUAUAGUAGCAUACAAGCAACUAACCCUUAAACACUAAUGUUGGCAAUAUUUAAAAAACUGUUCAAUUUAAUGAGCUUUAAAAACUUGUUUAAAAUCAGAAACUUAGGCCAGAUAAACCAGAUUAGGAAUAAACUAAGGUUUUUAGUAAUGCAAACAACAAUAUUAGUUCACUAAAAUAAAACAUUAUCAAUUAAUUCAGAGCAGUCAGCCCUUUAACUAAACGAUGA